AUGGAAGAGUUAGUCCGGUGGAAAGAAUUGGGAGACCACUCGGUCGUACCCAAGAUAACAAUCACCCCGCCAUUCACCCCGGAGAUCAUGGGCGAACCUCUCCCGCCCAACGUGAGAAGGUUCGAUGGAACUGGUGACCCGCAAGAACACAUAUUGCCAUACCAGGCCGCCAUGAUGCUGAUGGGGUCGUCCGAGGCAGCCAUGUGCCGAGCCUUUUUCUCCACGUUGGCAGGAGGAGCUCAGCGUUGGUUCACCAACCUACCCGGUGGACCGAUAGGUUCUUUUCACGAAUUGGCGAUGAAAUUCAUCACCUGCUUCAUGCGGGGGAGGAGGAGUAAAAAACAUUUCACACACCUCGCAAGCUUAAAGCAAGGGAAGAAUGAGACCCUAAUGGAAUUCCUUGUCCGUUGGCGAACGGAGGAGGCCGAAGUGGAUGACAUGGAUGAUAGGUCGGCCAUUGCCAUGUUCAUCUCUGCCCUAAGAGCGGGGGACCUAUAUAAAAGCCUACGCCGCAAAACGCCGAGGACCUACACGUCGCUGAUGAUAAAAGCCGACCGUUAUGCGGAGGCGGAGGAAGCGAACCGCCUGAAAUAUCUGGAGGAGGAAGGGAGCAAGAGGUCACGAACGGAAGGGUCCUCGAAGUCCGGGGGUAGCAUGACUUCCCACCCCCGGCGGGGCGGGGAAGAAAGAAAGAAAACCAACACAGGGAACAAGUCCCAUGCGGGUUCCCGCAUUCCACCUUGGGCAACGGCACCCCCCUCGGGCAGGACGCCUCACUUGGUACCGUUCACUCCUCUGAGAGCCCCACCAAACGACAUAUUGGCCUAUGCCAAAGAAUGUCACAUGGUGAGAGCACCAGACCCGCGCCCCGAUCCCCUAGGGGCGGACAUGUCAAAAUAUUACAAAUAG